UAUAUAUCUAUUUAUAUAUACACAAUUAUAUAUAUAUAUAUUUAUUCAUCUACUGCCACAUUUCGUCUUGAAUUCCUUAAGUUUAAUAAUUUAUUUAAAGAUUACACGUACUUAGCAGACCUUAAAUGUCUGCCGAAUUAUCUACAUUAAUGACCGAUCAAAAACCUACAGUAAGAAGAGGAAGACCUAGAAAGCAUCCUAUUACAGAAUUAAAGCCCCUUCAACCCGUCAACCAUUCACCUACACCAGAACAGCCUAGAGAGGAACGAUCCUACAAGGACUUUUAUCCUGAUUUAGAUAUUAAAGAGCCAUUAGCUCUUAUUAGUAGAGAACCAUCGACAGAACCUCCAUCCGAUGAUUUUAAACAGCUUAUGACUGUCAGUACAUUACCUAUACCUCGUUUUCAAAAAAUCAACGAUAAACAUGAUCAGCAAUGCCGACAUACUAAACAAGAUGAUGAUGAAGAUGGAUUAGAUCUUCAUUCUCAUUUCUUUCAUCGACCCAAGAAUCAUUAUAUACGUUACAUAGAGCCUUCAGAGAAAGAACUAUUUGAAAUGGUUGAAUAUGAUAUGGACGAACAAGAUGAAGCAUGGUUAAAGAUUUAUAAUAAGGAGCGUAAAAAGGAAAAUGUGGGGCAAAUCUCUUGUGAAUUAUUUGAAGCCAUUAUCGACAAAUUAGAAAAAGAAUGGUUCAAUUUGGUUAAAAAUUUACCAAAAAAGCCAACUGAAGAACCCCUUUUACCUGAGGAUUCAAAAUGUGCUGUUUGUGACGAUGGAGAAUGCGAAAACAGUAACGCCAUUGUAUUCUGUGAUGGCUGUAACCUGGCUGUCCAUCAAGAUUGCUAUGGUAUACCUUAUAUUCCUGAAGGUCAAUGGCUUUGUAGAAAAUGUAUGAUUUCUCCCGAAAACCCUGUAUCCUGCAUCUUUUGCCCCUUUGAGGGAGGUGCGUUCAAACAAACGACGACGAAUCAAUGGGCACAUUUACUCUGUGCCAUCUGGAUACCCGAAGUCACCCUCAGUAACUCUGUCUAUAUGGAGCCAAUUGAUAAUAUAGCCCUCAUACCCAAAAGUCGUUGGAAACUGACCUGUUAUAUUUGCCGUCGACGUCGCCAUCACAGUGCUUGCAUUCAAUGCGAUAAUAAGCAUUGUUUUGUCGCCUUUCAUGUGACCUGUGCACGAUGGGCAAGGCUCUGCAUGCGUAUGAAGUUGCUACAUCACCAUGACGAAGAUGAGAGCAAUGACGAUGGUAAUCAUGAUUCGAGUAGUGGAGUUGUCCUAAAGGCUUAUUGUGAUCGCCAUACGCCUCGUGAUUACAAGGAGCAAGUGGAUGUUGAACGUAUGGUAGCCAUGGCCCAAAAUUGGUUUGCAGAUCAGCAACACAAACGGAUCAUGCCACAAAAACGAUAUGUGGACGAAGAAGAUAAAGAGGAAAACACGAAUGAGUUUCAUGGAGAGGAACAAAUGUUAUUAUUAGCUACAAAGGCAGCAAGAGCUCAUCAGCAUCAGUAUACGGCUGGAGCAGCACCCAUUGCGCCUGAAUAUAUUAUUCACAAACUAGAAAAUUUACCCCAUGUUAAACAAGCUAGCCGACUUAAGAAAAAAGCUGAGCUAAUUGAAAGUAUUUGUCGAUAUUGGUCUUUAAAACGUGAGUCAAGAAGAGGAGCGCCACUUUUAAAGAGACUUCAUUUAGAACCAUGGACAGCAUCAGCAUCUCAAUUAAAACAGACAGAAGUAGAGAAAGCGCAUAAAGCAUCUUCUAUGAUGAGUUUACGUGCUGACCUCGAGAAGGUUAGAAUGCUUUCUGAACAAGUACAAAAGCGAGAACGACAAAAACUUGAACGUAUUCGUAAACAAAAGGCUUAUUUAGAAACCAUUCUCUAUCCUCUUGAGCAUAUUUUACAAGGGAUCCUUGAGCAACUUAUAGAAACAGAUAAACGUGAAUUUUUUCGAUACCCAGUGACGCCGGAUAUUGCACCUGAUUAUAAUGAAAUUAUUGAAAGUCCAAUGUCGUUUUCUAUAAUGCAAGAAAAAAUGGUCUCGCAUCAAUAUAUGACGAUAGAAGAAUUUGAGGCAGAUUUGCAAUUAAUUUGGAAAAACUGUAUGACAUAUAAUCAAACGGAUACAAUCUAUUACAAAGCUGCGCAAAAGUUGGAUAAGUUAACGAAUGAAUUGAUAACGCAGGCUCAAUAUGAUUACAAGGGAUUAAAGAUUGUGCCAGAGACAGGUAUCUUGGACAUUAAAAUAGAUCCAAAUAUUUUCACAUACGGUAAAGAAAAAAAAUCAACAACUGUUGAAAACAAGGACAACAGCCAGCUUGAUGUGUUGGAUAGUAUCAGCAGCAGUCUAAGUAGUGAAGAGGCAACCCUUAGUAAUAAUAAUAAUAGUAGUAGUAGAAAGAAGCGUGCCAUUUCAAUAGAAGAUGAUGAAGAAAGUCGAAAGAAGCGCCGUACAUCACCAAAAGAAAAGAAAAAGAAAGCGAUACGUAUUGUGACGCGAAGUAUGACAGAAAGAAAUAAGCGCGAAUUACGAUCAAGAACGAUUGAUAAGGAUCCGAUUCAUUCAUCAAUAAGUAAUGGAAUACAUUUAACAUCCUUAAAAAAAAAACGAAGGAGAGCAACAAUGUCAUCACCUUGUGCUGUACAAGAAGAGAAGCCAACAAUAAAGAAAGAAAAUGAUCUAGUACCUGAUAUCCAAAAAGACAGGCUUACAUCAUCAUCACCAUCAACAACAACAACAACAAUAACAAGAUCAAGAUCAUCCACUCCAAGAUCAUUAACGCCAAGAUCAUCAACUCCAGUUACUAAAAAAAAAGUUGAAUUCAAAGAUGGAGAAAUUGUCUGGGCUCGUGUUCGUGGAUUCCCUCCCCAUCCAGCAAUGAUUGUAGAUCCUUCUGUGACAAACAAAACAAUACCCGAAAAUGUCCUUUCAUUAAAACCACCGCAUCAAAUCUUGGUUCAAUUCUUUCUUGUUGGCGAUUCACAUACUUGGGGUUGGAUUGAUAAAUCAGAGAUUCAUGUUUUAGGUGAUUUAGAUACGGACAUUGACAUGUUAUUACAAACUAAAAAGUCAAAAAAAUCUUAUCGUAUUCGAGAAGUAAAAAAUGGAUAUCGUCAUGUUUGUUAUUCUUUACUUCAAAUUGAUCCACAAAUAGCUUUAACAAGCGUUUUUAAACAAAAAUAAUAUUACAUAAUAAUAAAGAAAAGAUAUCCAUGCUGCAUUGCAUACUAAUAAAAUAAUUUAAAUAAAGAAAACAGCAAGUAUUAUCA